AUGCCGGCUCUGCCAGCACUGCUGCUGUCGAUUUACGUCGUCGUCCUGCUGCUGACCAUGGCACCGCUCUCCUUCAGCCAGGCCAACACCCUCUCUGCCGUCCGCAUGGCGGCCAUUUUGGAUGACCAGUCAACGUGCGGCCGUGGUGAGCGUCUGGCGCUGGCUCUGGCGAGGGAGAACAUCAACAGUCUGAUCGAGGGCCCCUCCGAGGCCAGGGUGGAGGUAGACGUCUACGAGCUGAUCAAGGACUCCCAGUACGACACCACUGAGACCAUGUGUCAAAUCCUGCCAAAGGGUGUGGUCUCAGUGAUUGGCCCCGCCUCCAGUCCUGCCUCAGGGUCUACCAUCAGUCACAUCUGUGGAGAGAAAGAGAUUCCUCACGUGAAGAUCGGUCCGGAGGAGACGCCAAAGCUGCCGUACCUCCGCUUCGCCUCGGUCACCCUCUACCCAAGUAACGAGGACCUGAGCCUCGCCAUCGGCUCCAUCCUGCGCUCCUUCGGCAACCCGACGGCGAGCCUCGUCUGCGCCAAGGCGGAGUGCCUGCUGCGAUUGGAGGAGCUGGUCCACCGCUUCCUCAUCUCCAGGGAGACGCUGUCGGUGCGGAUGCUGGAUGACAGUCUGGACCCGACCCCCCUGCUGAAGGAGAUCCGUGACGACAAAGUGGCGACCAUCAUCAUUGACGCCAACGCCUCCAUCUCCUACCACAUCCUCAGGAAGGCCAGCGAGCUGGGGAUGACGUCAGCCUUCUACAAGUACAUCCUCACCACUAUGGACUUCCCUCUGCUCCGGCUGGAUGAUGUGGUGGACGGCCAGUCCAACAUCGUGGGCUUCUCUAUGCUGAACAGCAGCCAUUCCUUCUACCUGGAGUUCAUCAGGAGCCUGAACCUGUCCUGGAGGGAAGGCUGCAGCAUCAGCCCGUACCCUGGCCCGGCGCUGUCUUCGGCGCUGAUGUUCGACGCCGUUCACGUGGUGGUGAGCGCCGUGCGAGAGCUGAACCGCAGCCAGGAGAUCGGAGUGAAGCCGCUGAGCUGCACCUCCCCGCUGAUCUGGCAGCACGGGACCAGCCUCAUGAACUACCUGAGAAUGGUGGAGUAUGACGGUCUGACGGGUCACAUAGAGUUCAACAGCAAAGGCCAGAGGACCAAUUACACCCUGAAGAUCCUGGAGAAGCACCCUGGGGGCCAUAAAGAGAUCGGUACCUGGUACUCCAACAACACGCUGAUCAUGAACUCAACUUCUCUGGACCUCAACGCCUCAGAGACACUGGCCAACAAGACGUUGAUCGUCACCACUAUACUGGAAAACCCGUACGUGAUGCGUAAAUCCAACUAUCAGGACUUCCAGGGAAACGACCAGUAUGAAGGCUUCUGUGUGGACAUGCUGCGGGAGCUGGCCGACAUCCUGAAGUUCUCCUUCAAAAUAAAGCUGGUGGACGACGGCCUGUAUGGAGCGCCAGAGCCCAACGGGAGCUGGACGGGGAUGGUGGGAGAGCUCAUCAACCGGAAAGCCGACCUGGCCGUCGCUGGUUUCACCAUCACCUCAGAGAGAGAGAAAGUGAUUGACUUCUCCAAACCCUUCAUGACCCUGGGGAUCAGUAUCCUCUACCGGGUCCAUCUGGGUCGUAAGCCGGGUUACUUCUCCUUCCUGGAUCCGUUCUCUCCGGCUGUCUGGCUCUUCAUGCUGUUGGCGUACCUCGCUGUCAGCUGUGUCCUCUUCCUCGCCGCCAGACUCAGCCCAUACGAGUGGUACAACCCUCACCCGUGCCUGCGGGAGCGGCGGGACGUCCUGGAGAACCAGUACACACUGGGGAACAGUCUGUGGUUCCCGGUGGGCGGCUUCAUGCAGCAGGGAUCAGAGAUCAUGCCCCGCGCUCUGUCCACUCGCUGUGUCAGCGGAGUCUGGUGGGCCUUCACCCUCAUCAUCAUCUCGUCCUACACAGCCAACCUGGCGGCCUUCCUGACCGUGCAGAGGAUGGAGGUCCCCAUCGAGUCCCCAGACGAUCUGGCGGACCAGACCAACAUCCAGUACGGGACCAUCCAUGGAGGAUCCACCAUGACCUUCUUCAUGAACUCGCGGUACCAGACGUACCAGCGGAUGUGGAACUACAUGUACUCCAAGCAGCCCAGCGUGUUCGUGAAGAGCACCGAGGAGGGCAUCGCCAGAGUCCUAAACUCCAAGUACGCCUUUCUGAUGGAGAGCACCAUGAACGAGUACUACCGCAGUCUCAACUGUAACCUGACGCAGAUCGGAGGGCUGCUGGACACCAAAGGCUACGGCAUCGGCAUGCCUCUGGGCUCUCCGUUCAGAGACGAGAUCACUCUGGGGAUCUUACAGCUGCAGGAGAACAACAGGCUGGAGAUCCUGAAGAGACGCUGGUGGGAGGGGGGGCAGUGUCCCAAAGAGGAGGACCACCGAGCCAAAGGUCUGGGUAUGGAGAACAUCGGGGGGAUUUUCGUGGUCCUGAUCUGUGGCCUCAUCAUCGCCGUCUUCGUGGCCAUCAUGGAGUUUGUGUGGUCGACGCGGCGCACCGCAGAGACGGACGAGGUAAACCUUCAUCAUCACCCUCCUCCUCCUCCUCUUCCUCCCUCGUCCUCCUCCUCCUGCCCCGCCCCCGGCCUCAGCAUCAGCCCAAACUCCUCAGUGUCCGUCUGUCAGGAGAUGCUCACAGAGUUCAGAAACGCCGUCUCCUGUAAGAAGAGUUCUCGCUCCCGCCGCCGUCGUCCUCUGAGCAGCGCUGGAGGCGGAGUCCUGCGUCACCCAUCCCGUCUGGCCCUAGCUGCCCCUCGUCCGAUCCGCCUGGUCCGUGACAUGCGUCUCAGCAACGGCAAACUGUACAGCGGCGCCGGCCCUCUGACAGGUGGCCCGCCGGGGCUGGGACUAGGUGGAGGCCCUGAUUUGGGCCCGGGCCCACAGAGGCUCCUGGAGGACCCACUAGGAGCCAACAUCACAAACAAUCCAGCAUCAGCCCUCGUGGCUCCGCCCGCCCCACCGCGCAGCUUCCUGCAGGCGUGCAGCCACGUGAGGAUCUGUCAGGAGUGCCGGCGGAUUCAGAGCCUUAGGCCCGCGUCGCUCACGCCUCCCCCUCCUCCUCCUCCCUCCUCUUCCUCCUCAGCCUCCUCGUGUUCUCGAGUCCCUCCCUCCGCACCGAUGUCGGCUCAACACCGCCACAACCUCCACCACCACCUCCACUACCACCACGGCUCCAUGUCACUGCCCCGCCUCCCACCACCGCCUCCUCCCAUCCCAGCAGACAGAGCUGACAGUGACGGGGGCGGGACGGCGGGAAGUCCAAGAGGAGCCAAUACCAAACCACCUCCACCGCCCCGGCCGCUGCCCCCUCCAAAGACGCCAACACGCCCGCCUACAGACUUACUAGGAGGGCACGACUGA